UUGUCAUUCCUCAGACUGGGCAGACCGCUUUCCUCGGAGCGUGUGUGUCAGUGCUGAGGGAGUGACAAGCAAACAGGAACUUGUUGUGCUGGGACGCUCGACUGGUAAAACGAAACAGACCGGACAGGGAUCACCACGGAUAGACUUUGUUGUGGUUUUGAAUUUCCCACAGGACUCCAUAUGGAGCCAACAAAUCUACAGAAAGCUAUUGCUAUAGCACAGAAGGCCUCACAGGAAGACCGAGAUGGGAACUAUGAGGAGGCCAUCCGCUCCUAUCAACAUGCUGUCAAGUAUUUUCUACACAUUGUUAAACGUGAACCUCAGGGUAAAGGUGGCAACCAGAAGAUCAGAGAUCAAUGUAAACAGUACCUGGACAGGGUGGAAGAACUACAGCAGUACCUAACGAAUAAAGAGAAAGCCAUCGAUCUCGCCAGCAAGGCCGCUCAGGAGGACAAAGCUCAGAACUAUGAGGAGGCUCUGCGUCUGUACCAAGCUGCUGUUCAAUACUUCCUUCAUGUGGUGAAAUAUGAAGCCCAGGGCGACAAAGCCAGACAGAGCAUCCGUGCAAAGUGUGCAGAAUAUUUGGACAGAGCAGAGAAGCUGAAGGAGUAUCUAAAGAAGAAAGAGAAAGCUCCACCCGCUAAGCCUGUCAAAGAGUCACAGUCUGAUGACAAAGGGAAUGAAAGUGAUGAUGGUGAAGAUCCAGAGAAAAAGAAGUUCCAAAAUCAACUCUCAGGUGCAAUUGUUAUGGAGAAACCAAACAUCAAAUGGAGUGACGUUGCUGGUUUAGAGGGAGCCAAGGAGGCUUUGAAAGAAGCUGUUAUUCUUCCAAUCAAAUUUCCCCACCUUUUCACAGGGAAGAGAACUCCAUGGAGAGGGAUCUUGCUCUUUGGACCACCAGGUACAGGAAAGUCAUAUCUGGCGAAAGCUGUUGCCACAGAAGCAAACAACUCCACCUUCUUCUCCAUCUCCUCGUCUGACCUUGUCUCCAAAUGGCUGGGAGAGAGUGAAAAGUUGGUGAAGAAUCUUUUUAGCCUUGCAAGGGAGCACAAGCCUUCGAUCAUUUUCAUUGAUGAGAUUGAUUCCCUCUGCGGAUCAAGAAGUGAAAAUGAGAGUGAGGCUGCUCGUCGUAUUAAGACCGAGUUCCUGGUUCAGAUGCAGGGUGUGGGUAAUAACAAUGAGGGAGUGCUGGUACUUGGGGCAACAAACAUCCCAUGGACCCUAGACUCAGCCAUCAGGAGACGAUUUGAAAAGAGGAUCUACAUCCCGCUGCCUGAGGAGCACGCCCGCUCCUUCAUGUUCAAGCUCCAUCUGGGCUCGACCCCCAACAGCCUCACAGAGUCUGAUUUUUCCAGCCUGGGCAAAAAGACAGAUGGAUACUCGGGAGCAGAUAUCAGCAUCAUUGUCAGAGAUGCUCUAAUGCAGCCUGUUCGAAAGGUCCAGUCAGCAACCCACUUCAAACGGGUACGAGGUCCAUCAAGAGAUGACCCCAACAUGCUUGUAGAUGACCUCUUGACUCCUUGCUCACCUGGCGAUCCCAAUGCUGUUGAAAUGACAUGGAUGGAAGUCCCCGGGGAGAAGCUGCUGGAGCCAAUAGUAUGCAUGUCUGACAUGGUGAGGUCUUUGGCCAACACAAAGCCAACAGUCAAUGAACAAGACCUGGACAAGCUGAAAAAAUUCACAGAGGACUUUGGACAGGAAGGCUAGGUGGGAUGAGUGAACCAAGCCAAACCAAAGGAAUUGUGAUUGUCUCUCUUUACUGUCCUUGUCUUGUUUUGUUUUUUCCUCUCUCUCUCAUCAUAAUCACUCAUCAGGCCUUGUGGUUCGUCAUAAAUGGACAAGGUUACUGCUUUGUUUUUCCAAUCUGAUAACCACACCAAGGGUGGAAAACUUAUUUUCUAUUCACAAAUGUCCAAAGAAGUUUAAAACUUCCCACCUGCAGCUGACUUGAUUAAAAAAAAAAUCAGUACGACAUAGGGAACUUAGAAGGUUGUUUAACUUAUGCACUAAAGACUAAAGGUAUUACUGAGCAGAACAUCCAAGCAACUUAAGGAAAAUGAUGGCAGGCACACACAACAAGAAGCAAAUGAGACUAUUGAAAUCAAGAUAAUUUAUUUAAAGUCAGGACUUGCUCAUGUGUCCUUAUUUCUAGUCAGCAACUCAAACGACUAAUAAAUACCACCCCCCAUAUCUAUUUUUAUUAAGAAAAAACUAGCAUUUUUAUAGUGAAUACUGUACUUUGUGGAAUGUAUAAAUCUUGGUCUGGGGGAGUGAAGCAUGUUGAGGUGGUGGAUGUUUAGAGACAUAUACUCAGGAUGAGAGCUGCAUUAGGCCCUGUGGAAAUGUUGGAUUGUUUCAUGAGGUUACUGACAAAUGACAGUUGUAUUCGUUGACCAUUUUCUGUCAUUUGAAGUAAACCCAACAAUUAGGGUGGACCACCAUUGGUGCCAGACCAUUUUUCAAGGACUCAAUAGCGUUUUAUUGCUUUUCACUCAGCUCAUGGUUUGUUUUUCACAAUCUACUGUACAUAUUUUCCAUUACUAUCAACAGGUUUUUCUGAAUAUCCUUAAUACAAGCUGCAAAAAACUUAAGCCUUAUACUAAGAUAACGUCACAUUGCGAGUUUUGAUUGAUAACUAGACUGAAGUGUUGAAGAUGGACACUGAUGUCUCAGGUGGAGAGAUCAUCUUCUUGUAUACUUUACUACAUAGGAAUGCAUCUCCAAGCAUGAACUUUAUGUAGCCAUAAGUGGCAGUGUGCACCAUGUGCCUUCUAGAAAAGCUGCAAAGUUAUUUUUUUAAUUUUUAUCAUUGGUUUAUUUUCUAAAUUGGUCAUACUGCAUAUAUCCAGUGCUUUGUCACUACAACUAAGGCAAUUGUAUAAUACUUGCACAUUUCUUGUAAGCUCUUUUAGAGAUUGUAUACAACUGUACUCUUUUGCUCCUACAGUGUGAAAAAUGUCUCUCUUGAGUUUCAAUAGGGAACAUCUCUUAUUUUACUGUAAAUGUCUAUACAUAUAGCCACCUGUCGAGCCUUUUCUUUGUGAAGAGGUCAACCAUGCAUACGAUUUUCUGUUUUUCAUUUCCAUAAUGUAAAUAAAAGUUAUAGCUACGUCAAGAAAA